AUGGCUUCGAAGACACUCAAUUCUAUGCAAUUAAGCUCAAGUUUUUGUGACUGUGAAUGGUCAUCAAAAAUUUCUUUUUUGGCUGCCUUUUCAUUUAUCAAGUUCCACUUCAAAGAAGCCCAAUUCUUGCAAUUUAUGUCAGACAUAAUAAUGAAGACAUGUUUAAAGUGGAUGCAUGAAGAUAUAGUUUUAGCAUAUCAAAACUUUCAACAAAUGAAAGUCAACCGCGAUCCAUGGUGA